CUUUGGUCUAUGAGAGAUCAUUCGACACGAAUUCGAGUGAAGGAGGUGCUGAAAUUGAUCUUUUUGGAGUUUUUUGCUGCAGCUGGGUUUCCUUGAAAAGUCAAAGCACUGAAUACUUUGAUGGUUGAUGAGCUCAUCAAAGAAUUCCGCCCUGCCUCCAUGUUCCCGCAGAUGGAUUUAACAACGAUGGACCGAGGGACGCUCACUCUAUUGGGGGCAGCAUGCUGUGUGAUGCUGACGAUGCAUUUUACAUUACAGUUGCUAUCACAGCAUCUUUUCUACUGGAAAAAUCCCAAGGAGCAGAAGGCUAUACUAAUAAUCAUACUGAUGGCUCCAUUAUAUGCGAUUGAUUCCUUUGUCGGUUUGCUAGAUAUUCAAGGCAGCGAAGCUUUUUUCAUGUUCCUGGACUCGGUUAAAGAAUGCUACGAGGCAUUGGUGAUUGCUAAGUUCAUGGCAUUGAUGUAUAGCUACUUGAAUAUCUCUAUCAGCAAGAACAUAGUUCCUGAUGAAAUAAAAGGAAGGGAGAUUCACCACUCUUUCCCGGUGUCUGUUUUCUUGCCUCGCACUGUCCGUUUGGAGCACCACACAUUGAAGCUUCUCAAGUACUGGACAUGGCAAUUUGUUGUGAUUCGCCCUGUCUGCUCUGUUUCUAUGAUAAUACUGCAACUUCUAGGACUCUAUCCAACUUGGCUUAGCUGGCUUUUCACGAUCAUAUUGAACAUCUCAGUUUCCAUGGCGUUGUAUGCUCUGGUUAUCUUCUACCAUGUCUUUGCGAAGGAGCUGGCGCCCCACAAGCCUCUGGCAAAGUUCUUGUGCAUCAAAGGGAUUGUCUUCUUUUGCUUUUGGCAGGGAGUUGCUCUUGAUGUGUUGGCUGCUGUAGGAGUAAUCCAAUCCCAUCAUUUCUGGUUGGAUGUUGUGCAUAUCCAAAAGGCGAUUCAAAAUUUGUUGGUGAUAGUUGAAAUGGUUGUCUUCUCCGUUAUCCAACAGUAUGCAUAUCAUGUUGCGCCAUAUAGUGGAGCUGACAGGGCGAAAUUUGAGAAAAAGAAUGAGUGAAUCCAAACUUAGUAUAUUGCUUCAUGUAAUGAGCUCCAUAUGUACUGCGACUUAAUGUAUUCCUGUAUGUCUCUAGAUUUGAAAAUUUUCGAAGUGGAUUUCGUACUUGGAUAACAUUUAUUUCCCUGUUGGUUUAGUUUUUUUUAUACAUACUUAAACUUGGCUAUCA